GUGUGUGAUGAGUUGUGUUAACACCAGCGCGUCUCCUCACUGCCCGCGUUAGACUUUCUCUCCCCUCACAGCUCUCAGUACUCGGAGUACAGCAGCGCGCGCAGGUGAAAGAUGGCGCGAGGACGCGCGGAGUUCCAGCUCUUUCUUCUUCUUCUGCUGCUGCGUGUUUGCGGCGCCGCCGCGCAGGACUUACCGACGGACGGAGUGAACGGAUUCAGCCUCCAUCCGCCUUAUUUCAAUUUGGCAGAAGGCACAAAAAUCACAGCGACAGCCACCUGCGGAGAAGACGAGCACAGCCGCCCGGUCCAGGACCUCUACUGCAAACUGGUCGGAGGGCCUGUAUCAGGGGACCCGAGCCAAACCAUCCAGGGCCAGUACUGCGACAUAUGUGACACGGCAGACAGCAAUCGAGCCCAUCCCAUCACUAAUGCUAUUGAUGGAACUGAAAGAUGGUGGCAGAGUCCUCCCCUUUCUCGCAGCACUGAAUACAACCAAGUGAAUGUCACGCUGGACCUGGGACAGCUCUUUCAUGUGGCUUAUGUGCUCAUCAAAUUCGCCAACUCUCCAAGACCUGACCUGUGGGUCCUUGAGCGGUCUGUGGACUUUGGAGAGACGUACCAUCCAUGGCAGUUCUUUGCCUCAUCCAAAAGAGACUGCAUCGAGCGAUUUGGCCAGAGAACCAUCGAGCGCAUCAACCAUGACAAUGAUGUCAUCUGCACAACCGAAUACUCUCGUAUUGUGCCCCUGGAAAAUGGAGAGAUUGUGGUUUCUCUGGUUAAUGGGCGACCAGGAGCCAUGAAUUUUUCCUACUCACCGGUGCUGAGGGAAUUCACCAAAGCUACCAACAUCCGCCUGCGCUUCCUGCGCACCAACACACUGCUGGGCCACCUGAUGGGCAAAGCACUAAGAGACCCCACCGUCACCCGCCGGUAUUACUACAGCAUCAAAGACAUCAGCAUUGGAGGAAGAUGUGUGUGCAAUGGCCAUGCUGAAGCCUGCAACGCUGUUGAUCCCAAUGACCCCUACAAACUACAGUGCGACUGCCAGCACAACACUUGUGGUCCAUCAUGUGACCACUGUUGCCCCGGGUUCAACCAGUUGCCAUGGAAGCCAGCCACCACUUACAGCGCUAAUGAGUGCGAACAGUGUAACUGCAACAGACACUCGUAUAAGUGCUACUACGACCCCGAGGUAGACCGGAGACGAGCCAGUCUGAACAUGCACGGCAAGUACCAAGGAGGCGGAGUGUGUAUGGAGUGUCAGCACCACACUACAGGAAUCAACUGUGAGCGCUGUGUACCAGGAUACUACAGGUCACCUGACUACCCUCUGGAGUCGCCUAUGGCCUGUUCACAGUGUUUGUGUCAGUCAGAUUUUACUGAUGGCACGUGUGAGGACCUGACGGGUCGCUGCUACUGUAAGCCCAACUACACGGGGGAGAAGUGUGACUCUUGUGCAGAAGGAUAUGAGAACUUUCCAGCUUGCUAUUUGGUCACUCCCACCUUCCCCACGCAUAUCAACGGAGAGGCUCGGCCUGCAGGAGAGAUCAUCAACUGUGAGUGUAAUGCGGCAGGCACAGAAGGAAAUUCGUGUAAGGCAAACCCACACACACAGACCUGUGUGUGUAAACCUGGUUUCUCAGGACAGCACUGUGAGAUCUGUGCUCCGGGGUACUACGGCCCCAACUGCUAUCGCUGUCAGUGCACAUGCCCAGGUUGUCUGGACGGAGCAUGUGAUGGAGAAACAGGACAGUGCGAGUGUCGAAGCGGCUUUUACGGCUAUUCAUGCGAUCAGUGUGCUCCCGGCUAUUUCAACUACCCUCUGUGCCAGCUUUGUGGCUGUAGCGCUAUAGGCGCUCUACCUGGUGGUUGUGACUCCUCUGGGCACUGUGCAUGUCGGCCCGAGUUUACAGGCCCUCGCUGUGAUCAGUGCAGCUCGGGCUUCCACUCUUAUCCUAACUGCGAGGCGUGCACCUGCGACCCGAGGACAUCCCUAGACUCCAGCUGCAAUGCGGCAGGGCAGUGCCAGUGUAAACCCAACUACAGCGGCCCCAGGUGUGAGUCCUGCGCUCCGGGGUACUACAGUUUCCCUACCUGCUCACCCUGCCAGUGCUCAGAGGAAGGCUCUCGGUUCAGCGUGUGCGAUCCGGUUUCAGGGCAGUGUGUGUGUCUACCUAAUGUGGUGGGGGAGAGGUGUGACUUGUGCAGCUCUGGAUUCUACAAUUUUCCCCUGUGCCAAGCGGGAACAUGUAAUCCCGCCGGCUCUCUGGAGAAUGAGAUUUUGCCCACUGUGGGCUCCUGUGAGUGUAAACUGAAUGUGGAGGGCUCAGCCUGUGACAGAUGCAAGCCGCUUUACUGGAACCUCUCACCCGAUACUGUGUUUGGGUGUUCAAGCUGUGAGUGUAACACUGCAGGGACAGUGAGUGAAGUGGCAGAGUGUAGACAGGGUAAUGGACAAUGCUACUGUAAGCCUAACGUGUGCAGUGGAACAUGUACAGUAUGUAAGGACGGCUACUUCCAUCUGGACCGUAACAACUACUUUGGCUGCCAGGGUUGUCAGUGUGAUAUUGGAGGUUCAGCUCUUCCGUCAUGUGAGGAGAGAAAAGGCAGGUGUAGGUGCAGACCCAAUGUGGAGGGGCCCAAAUGCAACCAUCCACGUCCUGAUCACUACUUUCCUGACCUUCACCACCUGAAGUUUGAGGUGGAAGAAGGCACAACGCUGGAUGGCCGGCCAGUGCGUUUUGGUUACAAUCCACUGGAGUUUGAGGGGUUUAGCUGGAGGGGCUACGCUGAGAUGUCCAUCAUUCAGCCUCGGGUUCUGGUUGAAGUGGUGGUCGGAUCCCCAGAUCUUUUCCAUGUGGUGUUGCGCUAUGUUAACCGUGGAGGCACAGACGUCUGGGGGCGCGUCUCGGUGAUGGAAGACAGCAGGAAUUUUCUGUGCAGCAACUGUUCUGAACAGUCCAAACAGAUCGUUUUUGCUCCCAGUUCAGAGCCCACAUUUGUAAAUGUGCCUCAGAACAGUUUUGCUGAGCCAUUUGUAAUGAACCCUGGCACUUGGACCAUCAUCAUCGAAGCUGAAGGCAUUCUACUGGACUAUCUGGUGAUGUUGCCCAGUGCGUACUAUGAAGCUCCUAUUCUACAGCUGAAAGUGACUGAACCCUGUGUAUACAGCCCAACACACGAGCCUAAUCAGAAUUGUUUGCUGUAUAAGUACCUGUCUCUGGAGGAGUUCCCAUCUCUUUCUUGUAAGGAUGCCAGUUGCAGAUCAGAUAAUCAUCUGCCCAGAUCUUGCUCUUUAGAGAAGAUUACACCUCAACACCCAGACAUGGCUGUUUGCAGUGGCAAUGAUAUCAACAUACAGCUGCGCGGUCGAGUACCGUUACCUGGUGAAUAUGUUCUUGUGGUGGAAUAUGCCAGUGAAGAGAAAGCUCUGCAGACUUUUACUGUGUCUGUUAACACACCUGGAGGACGCAACCACCAGCAGCGCAUCACACUACUCCACUGCGCAUACAGUUUCUUGUGUCGUGCAGUGUCUGUGGAUGAAAGGCAGCGCAUAGCUGUCUUUACUCUUUCUACAGAAGUUGACAUACAGCUCAUUGCAGACCGAAGCAACUUCUUCCUGUACAAAGUGUACCUGAUCCCUCAUGCUCGGUUCACUAUGGAGUACCUAAAACCUGGAGUACACUGCAUUACCACCCAUGGGCACUUUGAGCCUGACAGUGCUUCCUGUGUCCCCUCUCGCUUCCAAACCCCAUCUCAGUCUCUGAUUUUGAAGGAGGGUCGGGCUUCCUUAUCUGACAAUGCAGGUGGCGACUCUGAACACUUGACUCCUUGGGACACGCCCCCAACUGCCAUUGACAACAGCGACCACAUCCGUCUGGACUCUGCACAGAAUGCAGUAGUGUAUUCAACACAAGUGCAUGCCUUGGGACGCUAUGUGUUCAUCCUACACUACCACCAGCCAUUGCACCCAACCUUCACUGUACAGAUUUAUGUAAAUGGUGGACGAAUUUGGCAGGGUCAUGCCAAUGCCACCUUCUGCCCUCAUGGCUACGGUUGCCGUAGCAUUCUGGUCUCAGAAAACCAGAUUAUUCUUGAUGUGACUGACCAUGAGGUUAUCGUGACUCUGCGAGUCCCAGAUGGCAAAACACUCUGGCUGGAUUACAUUCUAGUGGUUCCAGAGAGCAGCUACAGCUCUAGAUAUCUGUCCGAAGAGCCACUGGAUAAAUCCUAUGACUUUAUCAGCAACUGCGGACAAAACAGCUUCUACAUCAACCCACAGACUGCUUCCCAGUUCUGCAAGUCUUCAGCCACGUCUCUUUCAGCUCACUUCAAUAAUGGUGCAGUACCAUGCGGCUGCCAUGAGGUCGGGUCUGAGAGCGAUACAUGCCAACCAUUCGGUGGUCAGUGCCCCUGCAAACCCAACGUGAUCGGCCGAGACUGCUCGCAGUGUGCGACUGGAUACUACGGCUUCCCUAACUGCAGACCGUGUAAUUGUGGCACACGCUUGUGUGAGCCAGUGACAGGAGAGUGUAUCUGUCCUCCACGAACACUGCGCCCGGAGUGCGUGCAGUGUGAGCCGCAGACUUUCGGCUGCCAUCCCCUGGUGGGCUGUGAGAUGUGUAACUGUUCCCAGCCCGGCGUCACGGCCCAGGACAUCACCUGCGACACGAACAGCGGCCAGUGCAGGUGCAAGUCGAACAUCGUCGGGCGGCAGUGUGACCGGUGUGCACCUGGUUUCUUUGGGUAUCCGAAUUGCAGGCCAUGUGACUGCAAUGAGGCUGGAACUGAGAAGAACGUGUGUGACGCCACCACAGGACAAUGUCUAUGCAAGGAAAACGUCGUGGGCUCGCGGUGUGAUCAGUGUGCAUUAGGCACAUUCCAUCUCGACCCCACUAACCCUAAAGGCUGCACAAAGUGCUUCUGCUUCGGUGCCACUGACCGCUGUCGCAGCUCUGAUAAGCGUAGAGAGGAGAUUAUGGUCAUGCAUGGCUGGGUGUUGCUGAGAGGAGACAGACAGGACGUGCCUGUGUCUGUGUUCCUGGACCAGGAUCUGGUCGAGGCUGAUCUCAGUGAUGUCCCUGAUGUCUAUCAGGAUUUCUACUGGCAUGCACCAAGCCCUUAUCUGGGUGACAAGGUGUCCUCGUAUGGUGGUUACAUGCGCUACCAGUUACACACACAGACUCUGAGAGGAGACGCUCUGAUUUUGCCUUCUGAAGCCUCCCGACCCGACGUUAUUCUCAAGGGAAACCAGAUGAGCCUGGUCUACAUGGAGAGAGAGUAUUUUUCUCCUGAGGAUCCUCAUGCAGGAGUUGUCCAUCUAGUGGAGGGAAGUUUCCGUCACGCUCAGACAGGGAACGCGGUCUCUCGGGAGGAGCUGAUGAUGGUGCUGGUGGCUUUGGAGUCUCUGCAGAUCCGAGCGCUCCACUCGCAGUCAGCUCAGUCCGUCUCUCUACGUGCCGCCACUCUAGAGGGCGCCGAGCACGGACUCACCGGGCGCCAUGCUAACAAUGUGGAGCUGUGUAUGUGUCCGGCGAGCUACCAGGGCGAUUCCUGUCAGCGAUGUGCUCCAGGCUACUACAGAGACACUAAGGGGCUGUUCCUCGGCAAGUGUGUUCCCUGCAACUGUAAUGGCCACUCUGAUCAGUGCCUGGAUGGAUCUGGUGUAUGUAUGAGCUGUCGUCACAACACGGCCGGGGACCACUGCGAGAAGUGCCUUAAUGGUUUCCAUAGUGACAGCACAGUGGAUGGUCACGCUGUAUCCUGCAGCACCUGCCCGUGCCCACUGCAGGUGGCAUCCAACAAUUUUGCCACUGGUUGCGUAGAGAAGCCCAAUCAGAUGCAGUGUCUGUGCAUGCCAGGCUACGCCGGGCCCAAGUGCGAGAGAUGUGCCCCUGGUUACUAUGGCAACCCCAUGGUGAUUGGCAGCACUUGCCAGCCAUGCCAAUGCAACGACAACUUGGACUCGAACAUGCUGUUCAACGAUUGCCACCCAGUGACCGGCGAGUGCCAGGGCUGCAUGUACAACACAGCAGGACCCCACUGUGAGACCUGCGCUCCGGGUUUUUACGGGGACGCCAUCACUGCCAAGAACUGCACCAAGUGCAACUGUUCUCCUUGUGGAACGGCCUCAUGUGACCCUCAUACGGGUCAGUGUCACUGUAAACCAGGUGUAACUGGUAUCCACUGUGAUCGCUGUGAGAACGGCACAUUUGGCUAUGAAUCGUGCUCUGGUUGUCAUGCCUGCGACUGUGAGGCAGCGGCAGCUCUGGUUAAACCAUGUGACCCAGUCAGUGGGUCAUGUGCCUGUCGGCCAGGCGUGAACGGACCCAACUGUCGCCAGUGUGCCCCUGGAUACUGGGACUACGGCCCUAAUGGCUGCAAAAAGUGUGAGUGCAGAGGAGGUCGCUGCGAUCCACGGACGGGGGAGUGCCGCUGUCCGGACACACUGACAGGGAGACAGUGUGAUCGCUGCACUGACAGGCACAGUGUACUGGUCACUAAUGGAGCAGAUGUCCACUGUGAACCAUGUGAUAGCUGUGUGAAGGUGCUCCUGCACGAUCUUGACCUGGUGAACCACUAUUUCCACUCUGUGGAUCACCAGCUGAAGAACAUCAAUGCCAGCGCCCUCGCCUGGUCACAACUCCGCAACCUUAAUGCGUCUGUGAUGGACGUGGCUAGUUUAAUUGAAACCUACAACAGUACCCUGGAUGGCAGCAGGAUGAAGGCCGCUUUGCUUGAGAGUGAUCUACACACCACUGACUUUGACAUUUCAGAGCUGGAGAAGAAGGUCUUAAACUCAGUAAUAAAAGGCGAUAUGCUCAAGAACAACACCAAAGCCACAUACGAGAGAGCUCAGAGCCUGCUCGACCUAAUCAAAGGCGCCAUUCGAGACAUAGAAGCCGUGUUGGAGCUGGUAAACAGAGCAUCCCAGAAUGGCUCACAGGACGUCGAUGAGAACAUGUUGUCCCAGAAGCUGGCUGAGGUGGCAGACAUGUUGAGGGACAUGCGCUUCCAGAGCACCCAGUACCAGAGGACCCUAGCAGAGAGCGAGCUUACCGAAGCUGAGAAAUUGUUAGAGCGUGUGAAGGAAGAGAUGGCUGACCGAAACGCUGCAAACCAGGAUACACUGAAGUCUAUCAGGGAAAAACUGGAUCAGUUUAACAGGGAGCUCAUGAACCUCAGAGACUCCCUUAAUGAUGCAGUAAAGAACAUAGCACGUGCAACUGAAGGCAACAGCAUCAACCAGAAACUGCUGCAGGAGUACAAGCAAAAAGCGGAUGCUGUGAAUUCCAAGAGGAAAGAGGUGGAAGAUAUGAUUCAGAUGGCAGAAGACGAUGUGGCCCAGGUCAAUGACCUGUUGUCUAUGCUGCAGGAUGCCAAAGAGGACUAUGAGCGUCUGUCUGCUCAGCUGGAUGGAGCAAAGCAGCCUCUCACUAACAAGGUGCAGAACUUCACUCUUGCCAGCUCGAAAAGCUCGCUGGUAGAGAAAGCUGAGAAACACGCCGAGCUUCUCAAUCAGCUCUCUUUGAACCUCUCAAGCGUCAUUUCCAGCACUAACCAGGACACCUUCAUCCAGAAAGCUCUGAAUGCCUCACGCACGUACACCAACAUUAUUAAGAGCAUACAGGAAGCUGAAAACUCAGCAGAGGAAGCUAAUACAAAAGCCCUAGAGGGUAUCAAAGGCCUGAAUCUUUCCCAGCAAGCCAGUGACCUUAAAAAUAAGAGUAUGGCACUACAAGAAGAGGUAUCUACUCUGCUCCAGGAACUAACGAAAGAGGUGAAGCCUCAGGUGGAGGAUAUCAAGAAGCGACUACAUGAGGCAGAAGUGAAAAAGAAUGAGCUGCUUAAGGACCUGGCAUCAGUGCAGAAUUCCCUCAACUUAACCCAAGAGAACACAUCAAAAGACAUCCUGGUAGCCAAAAAUGCGGCAGCAGCAGUUAACAGCACGGUGGCUAAUGUGCUGGAAACACUAGCUCCUAUAAAACAGCAGCUGGAGGAGUGGCGCAGAGCAUACGGCGCAGCCAACACCUCUAAUGAUGAAUUUAAUGAUGCACUUAACCAGGCCAACAGCUCAGUGGGAGCACUCAGCGAGACCAUCCCGAUGUUGAUCAAAAAACUGGAUCGUUUGCAGAAUCGCUCACUCCAGAUUUCCAACAUUUCUGAGAAUAUCCUGAGAAUCCGUGAGCUCAUUGCUGAGGCCCGUAAGGCUGCUAGCAAGGUCAGUGUGUCGAUGAAGUUUAAUGGGAAGUCAGCAGUGCAGGUGAGGACUCCUAGAAAUCUGGCUGACUUGGCUGCCUACACCUCCCUCAAGUUCCACAUCACUCUCCCACAAGCUGCACGCACAAAGCGCCAAGUUACCAACGACCAGUUUGUCUUCUACCUCGGCAACAAGAACUCCAGUCAGGGGUUCAUGGGAAUGGUUCUGAAUGGUGCACGUCUACGCUGGCUUUUUAAUGUCGGUGAUAAAACUGCAGAGAAGGUGACACAAGUCGACGUUCGCUCAGACGGCCAAUUCAACAGUCUGUUCCUGGAGAGGAUGUUGCAGUAUGGUCAGAUGGUGAUAACUGUAGGAGAGGGACGAUCCUAUAAGGAGACUAUGGAGGCAAAAGGAGAUCACGGCCUCCUGAACCUCUACCCUAAGGAAACCGUCUUCUAUGUUGGAGGCUAUCCCAGUAACUUCAUGCCCCCUUCUGAGAUGAAGCUGCCUAAUUUCAAGGGUUGCAUUGAGCUCGAGAGUCUGAAUGAGGAGGUGAUCAGCCUCUAUAACUUUGAGCAAAUCUUUGCGAUGAACACCACUGAAGACAGUCCUUGCCCACGACCUAAGCCAGCAGUAACCCAGCAGUGGAUAGAAGAUGCGUCCUACUUUGAUGGCACAGGCUACGCUGAGAUCACUCCUAAAGCCAACAGCCAGUGUUCGAAAGCUCGCUUCGAACUGGAAGUCAAACUUGUCUCACAGAAUGGAAUUCUGCUCUUGCUUCGCAAUGAGACUAAGUUUGCGUGUGUGGCGGUGCUUAACGGGCGUGUCAAGCUCUUCUAUGACUUCAAUGGCACGUUGGUGGAGGAGGAUUACAAAGGCAUAGAACCUGACUUGUUGUUUGUCAGUGAUGCCUCUUCCAAAUUAGUGGAGGUCAUUAUUCCUACACGAGGAUCAUUACCUUUUACGCUGUUGGUGAGAAGACAGAGAAAAACACUGUACCAGGUCGAUUCGUCUGACAUCCCCUGUUUCACAGGAACCUACUUCCUAGGUGGUGUUCCGGAUGAGCAGAUGCCUGAGAGCUUGAAGAGUUUGUUCCCUAAGCAGGGUUCUGUAAAGGGAUGCUUUAGAAACAUUAAAGCCAUGGGAAGUUUUAUAGACCUGAAGACCAUGAAUACUUCAGGCAUUAGCUAUGGUUGUCCUGAUGACUUACUGGUUUCUCGGCAAGCUUACUUUAAAGGUCAGAGUUACCUCCGCCUCAAGUUGGACAACCUGCCCGACAUCACAGAAAAUUUUUAUGCUGGUGUUGGCUUUAGGACAGAGGAAAAAAAUGCACUGCUACUCCAUCAUAGGGCUACGAGUGGGGUGUGUCAGGUCCAAUUGGAAGAAGGCCAUGUGGUGGUGAGGGCUGGGGAUAAGGAGGUCCGAACUCAGAAUACUUACAAUGAUGCGACCAGCCACUAUUUGUCUUUCUAUAGCAAUAUGAACGGCCUUCGUGUUUAUAUGGAUGACGUGCUGGAAACCAACCCUAACACAAACGUGGCAAUAACCAGCACACUCCAGAUCGGUGAUGUCUAUCUUGGUGGAACACCCGAGGCCAACAGCAUCACCAACCUCACUGGCUGUCUGCGUAACAUUUUUAUAUACAGGAAUACAACGCCUCAAAUGGUGGUGGACUUGCUAUCAGCCAAUGAGAAUAUUGAUGUUGCCCUGGAAUGUCCUGCUGCUAAGAAACCACAGCAGAUCCUGGCUUCAUCUCCGCGCCUUAAAAACACCAAGAAGAAGCCAAAAAAACCUCAAAGACCAUUAAAAAGUCGCAGUGCCCGUGGUUCCUGCCAGGGGGAGUUGUCUGUCCAAGAUGCAAAUGCAUACCACUUCAGUGGAUCGACCCAGAGCCACAUGCAUUUUGAUUCAGUUCCUCCGACCUUCAGCAAGACGCCUAACGUGGCGAUGGCUGUUCGCGUGAACUCAUCCAACGGCCUCAUCUUCUAUACAGCGGCAGAAAGAGGAAGGACAGCAUUAACACUUUCUGUGUCUGAAGGCCACCUGCAGUUACUGCUUAGUGGAGUAAAGCGAAAAUUCAACAUUUUGACCAGCAACAAGUAUAAUGACAACAGCUGGCACACGGUGUUUGUGAAGGUUGAAAGAAAAAAGGCCAGUCUCAUAAUAGAUGGCAUUAAUGUGCAAAGCAAGAAGGUGUCUUUCUCAGGGGAGGAAACUGCACUUACAGGCCCAGUUUACGUUGGUGGCCUGCCAGCUGACCACAAAGCAGCAGAGGCGGGUUUUGUUGGCUGUAUCAGAGAUCUGAAGGUGGGUGAGGCGCAGCUAAGCCCCGCCUACAGUCUGGGGGUGGUGCCAUGUUUUCAGGAGCACCUCCAACCAGGUGUCUACUUCUCCAGCCAAGGAGGACACAUCGCUAUUGGUGAGUCACUGGCACUGAAUCGUGAUCUGGAGCUGGAGCUGGAGGUCCGACCCGUAGCAGACUCUGGCCUUCUGCUCCACGCUGGUGUCAGGAAGAGUCAGCAGUUCAGCGUCUACCUCACUGACGGAGAGGUUGUUGUUUUAGUGAAAAGUGGCAGUGAAGAGUUUGCAGUCUCUCUCAGGCCAGAGAAUUCAUUGUGUGAUGGCAAUUGGCACAAUAUAUUUAUUGAGAAGAAAAAGAAUGUGACGCAGAUACGUGUGGAUGGAGUGAGUGAAUAUGGUUUCGGCCUCAAAAACAGAUCGAAUGGAGACCGCGUCACUGUCUAUCUGGGCAACAUGCCAGAUGAAGUGGAAGCUGCUGCUCUCCCGUCCUCCCUCCCUCCAUACCAUGGAUGUGUAAGGAAAGCCGUAGUGAACGGCCGAGUUGCCAUGCUCUCCAAACCCCUCACCAUUUUUGGGGCUGUGGCCACUCAGGGAUGCCCUGCCAUGUAGCCCACAAUCCCCAACUUCACAUCAAAAUACCUAAAUCCUCAAAUCAGCAGGUGGUGGGUUUCUCUAUGUGAUAGCUAACUAAAUCAGAUAUUUAUAUUCUUUUGUUAAACAAACGUAUAUGUUCAAGAGGAGAACAUUUUUUUUGCAAAGACACUAAAUGUAAAACCACUGUUUGAGGUUUGAAUGCAACUAAAAUAUACGAGUACUGUAUGGUUUAUAUAAAAUAUUAGGGCAUUAUCAGUCUAAAUUAUUACUAAUGCAGCAGUACAGUUGAUAGGAAAUGUCUUAUUUAGAUUUCUAUCAACAGCAUUCCUGAUUAAGGGACCAAUCCUGUCUAUUUAAAGCUAGAUGUGCUUAGUGUUUGACUAAAUAAAACUGGAGUCAGUGUG